AUGGGUGUCCUGAGCUGCGUGAAGUACCUGAUGUUCAUCUUCAACGUCCUGGUGUUUGCUGGGGGGACGUGCCUGGCGGGCGCGGGGGUCUGGGUGGCCGUGGACCCGGCUGGUUUCCAGGACAUCGUGGCUGCCAAGCCGGGGGUGAGCGCGGGGGGCUACCUGCUGCCGGCCCGGGCGGGGGUUGAGCGCGGGUGCCUACCUGCUGCUGGCCGUGGGCAGGGCAUCGCCGCUGCUGGGCUGCCUGGGGUGCUGCGGGGCCCUGCGCCGGAGCCGGCCGCUGCUGCUGGCGCUGUGGCGCUCGGAGACGUGGCUUCUGUCCCCAGGAGCUGCGCACUCGUCCCCCGUGUCCCCCCCGGCGCCCAGGGCGCGGGCAGGUUCUUCAUCCUCGUGAGCCUCGUCUUCCUCACGCAGCUCGUUGGGGCCGGUCUCUUCCUGGUGCACUGGAAGCAGAUCCAGCCGGAGCAAUUCCUGUCCGAGCUGCGGAGGAACUACCGCGGGGACGAGGGUGCCGAGGUCUUCUCCACCGCCUGGAACACCCUCAUGGUCACGGUGAGCGGCUGGGAAGCUCCCGGACCCGAAGACUUUGGGAAUGGCUCCCGCUUCCAGGAGCUGCACCCGGGGGCGCCCUGGCCGCGGGCGUGCUGCGCCCGGGACGGGCUCCUGCAGGCGGGCGAGCUGCUGGGCUGGGAGCAGUGCCGGGAGAGGAGCCCCGGCUACAUCCACGAGCAGGGCUGCUUCGCCACCUUCGGCAGGACCUUGCAGAAAUACGUCUCGCUCCCUGGGACUUGCAGCUUGGCCGUGCUGGGCAUUGAGAUCUUCGCCAUGUUCUUUGCCUUUUGCCUUUACUACAACUUCGACUGA